AUGGGCACAAUGAAUAAAUCUUUUAAGGAUAUGAACAAUAUGUAUAUGAAUAACCCAUCUAUGAACAUGGUUAAUAAUAAUAUAUGGUCAUCUGAAAGGAUUGUAUUACCAUCAGAGGAAUAUUUAUAUUAUAUAAAUUUAUUUAACUUGAAUGAUAAAUUUGAUAAUCAAUAUAUAGACAACAAGACGGCCUCUUCCUUUCUUCAGAAUUCGGGUCUGUCAAUAUCUGUGUUACAUACUAUAUGGGAGUAUAGUGAUGUUGAGAAUAAAGGAUAUUUAACAUUAGAAGAUUUUUUUAUUUGUUGUCGUUUAGUUGCUCAUGCUCAGAGUGGAAACGUAAUAAAUGCAGAAUUGAUUUCUAUACAGCCGCCGUGUCUGCCCAGCUUUGACAUCGUGAGACAUAAAUCCUUCUCAGACAUAUCUAAUAUGGAGGGUAGCUUAAAAUGGAAACUGAGUUCGAAAGAAAAAGAAAAUUAUCAAAGAAUAUUUAAAUCAUUAGAUAUAAAAAAUGAAGAAAAAAUAGAAGGAUCAGUACUUCGUGAGUAUUAUAUGAAUACAACAAAUAUAUCUGUAUGUGAAUUAAUGCAGAUAUGGAAUAUUUCUGAUAUAGAUAACGAUGGAUUUUUAAAUUUAGAUGAAUUUUUUAUUAUGAACAAAAUAGUAGAAGUAAGAAAGGAGAGGAUAAUUAAUAUACCUCUGUCUGUGCCUGUCGAGUUAUUACAGUCUGUUCAAAAUAAGAACAACACAUUUGUUUCUGAGGAUGAUGUUACCUUUCGACAGAACGCAGAUGAGGAGGGAGGAAAAAAAAGAGAAUCCAUAAAAUUGUCGCUAGGAGAUAUUUUGAAAUCAGAUCUGUCAAAGAAGAAAGAACAUCGAGGAGAUGAAGAGGAAGAAAACGAAAAGUUACAGAUGGAAUAUGAUUUUUUUGAAUUAAACAAAGAAGAUACAGUCAAAAGUAAAAAAAAGUUUAAGAAGGGUAAGAAAGAAACCACUCAUUUUGGAGCCGACGAAGAAAAUGAUGAUGAGGAAGAGGAGGAAGAGGAGGAUGACGAUAAUGAUGAUAAUAUGAAUAAUAUUAAUAAUAAAGAUAAACCAUUUUUUUCCACUAACUUUGAAGCGUAUGAGCAAUUGAACAACGAUGAUGUAAAUGAUACAGAUGAGCUUGCUUUUAAUAAUGGAUACGAUAAGUUUGUUGAAGGAAGUGGGGUCGAUAAGGAUUUAAAUUCAAUGAAUGAGAAAAAGAAAAAAAAGAAAAUAAAAAAAAAUAAAAAAAGCCAUAGAAAAGUUGAACAGAAUAGUAGUAAUGAUAAUGAUUAUGAGAAGAGUGUAGACAAUUCUGAUGAUGAUUGUGAAGUAUCAGCAUAUUCUGAAGGAAGAAAAAAAGGAAGUAGUAAAUAUUCCAUUUUUAAGGAAAAGAAAAAGAAAGAAAAGGGAGACAAACACAAAAAGAAGAUUCACAGUAAGAGUGAUGAUAAUAAUAUUAAUAAUAAUAGUGAUAAUAAUAAUAACCAUAGUGAUCAUAAUAAUAACAAUAGUGAUGGUAAUCGCUUGAUGAGUGAUGGUUUCCAUUUAGAUGAUAAGAAAAAGAAAAAAGAUAAAGAUGAAGAGAAAAAGAAAAAAAAGAAAUAUUCAGAGGAAGAGAAAUAUUUUACAAGACUUAUUGAUUUUAAUUAUACUGAUUUAAAAAAUUAUCACAUUGAAAGUAAGGAUGUUUAUAAAAUUGAAGAGAUAAAUAGAAAACUUGAAGAAGAAAUAAAAAAAAAAAAAAUCGAUAUAGAAAAAAAAAAAAAACAAGUAAAUUGUUUAGCUUAUGUAUAUGAAAAUGAAUUAAAAAAGUAUCAAUGUUUAAAAGAAGAAAGACGUAACUUAGAAUUUUUAAAUUUAUGUUUAUAUAAAGAUAUAAAAUAUAAAAAAGAAAAUAUUAAAGCUAUUAGAAAUGAAAUAAAAGAAAUUAUAGAUGAUAUAAAUAAAAUAAAUAUUGAAAAUAUAAAUUUAAAUAAAAAUUAUAAUAAAAAAGAAAAUGAAAUAAAAUGUACAGAUAAUAAAAGAAAACAAUUAAAAACUAUAAUAGAUAAAGAAAAACAUGAUUUAAAAAAAGAUGAAAAAAAUCUUAUCAUUCUAAAAAAUAUGAUAGAUUAUUUAAAAAAACAAAAACAUAGAGCACUUAAAUUACAAGAUAAUUUAAAAAAUAGAUAUGAUGUAACCAAUUCAGAUCAUCAAAUGUUAAUUAAAAAUAUUUUACAUCAACAAAAUUAUUUAAAUAAUAUUACAAAUAAACGUCUUAAUAUUCAAAAAUUAAAAAAUCAACAUAUUCUUCUUUUUAAUUCAUUAUCUAACCAAUCAUUAUUAUUAGAUAUGCAAAAUAAUGAUAAACAAUUUCUACAAAAUAAUGAUAAAAAAGUUUUAAAAAAUAAUGAUAAUAUAAUAUUACACACUAAUGACAAAAUAAGAAAUUCUUUGCCUAUAGAAAAUUAUGUUUUGUGUAACGGACCAUCAAAUCACCAUAAAAAAUAUUACACUGACAAAAAGGGAAUACCAAAUAAUCAAAAUGAUGAUAUUAAGCAUGCCAAAAAAAACUUUGAACUUUUUGAGCAUAUCAAAAAUGGCGACAGCGUAGAUAUUUUUUCAAGCCUCGAGGAUCUUGAAUCAGUGAAGGAUGAUGAGAUUGCAAAUGAUAUGAAACACCUUGAAAAUUAUAUAUCGAAAGAUAAUAGUUUAAAAAGUGUUGAUAAUAGUAGCUGA